AUAGAGAAGAGAGAAGGUAGGAUGCAAGCGUAGUGAGAGGAGAAAGGGGGGGGGGAAAGACGUUCAGGUCGGGAAGAGAGAGGAGGAACCAAUGAAGUCCUGAUUUGUGAGCUACAAGAGGAACAUGAACUGAGGAGGAUGGUGCGGAGAGACGCGGCGCUUGGAAAAAUAAAGCAAGAGCGAAAAUUUAUUCACUUCCACGCUUCCUGUCUGCUCCCACGCGGCGUUACGGUGCCACGAGAGGGUCGUCAGUGAACUCACCCCUCUCUACCUUCUCAGCGCAUUUCUACAGCACGUCGCGGCGCGGCUCAGACUUGUCCUGCGUGCGGAGCGCACCACACGGCACAAGCGAACACCUCACGCAGCCUCCGAUUCCGCGGACGGGCAGCCGUAGUUAGAAGCACUUAAACAGAGGGGAGGGCAAAGGGCCAUGGAGAGCGCCGCUAACAGCUCAGACCUCCGGAGCCAGCUCCAGUUGAUCGGUCAGAACAGCAGCAUCUGCCGGAACUUCACCGACAACGGCAGCUUCCCGGAGAUGCGAUGCGGCGGCGACGGGAGCGGGUACGACGGUGUGUCCCGGAGCCUGGAGGACGGAGACGCCAACCCCGUCAUCAUCGCUAUCAUAAUCACCGCUGUUUACUCCAUAGUUUGCAUGGUGGGGCUGGUGGGAAACGUGCUGGUCAUGUACAUCAUUGUAAGGUGCAAUUUUUGCCUCCUGUCUUCUGGAGCUCCUGCUUUGAGCUUGUGUGUUGAAGUGAAGCUCAGUGCUCCUGUCUUCAAAUGCAAACAGUACACUAAGAUGAAGACAGCCACCAACAUCUACAUCUUCAGCCUGGCCCUGGCGGACGCCUUGGUCACCAGCACGCUUCCCUUCCAGAGCGUCAACUACCUGAUGGGCACCUGGCCGUUCGGGGACAUUCUGUGCAAAAUGGUGAUGUCCAUCGACUACUACAACAUGUUCAUCUCCAUCUUCACUCUCACCACCAUGAGCAUCGACCGCUACAUCGCCGUGUGCCACCCGGUCAAGGCGCUGGACUUCAGGACGCCGCGGAACGCCAAGAUCGUCAACGUCUGCAACUGGAUCCUCUCCUCGGCCAUCGGGCUCCCGGUGACGUUCCUGGCCUCCACUGUCACCAACGGCAACAACAUUGUCGACUGUAAGCUAGACUUUCCCAGCCCUGCAUGGUACUGGGAAACCUUGAUGAAGAUCUGCGUGUUCAUCUUUGCCUUCAUCAUGCCCAUCCUCAUCAUCACCGUCUGCUACGGGCUCAUGAUCCUGCGGCUCAAGAGUGUCCGAAUGCUGUCGGGCUCCCAGGAAAAGGACAGGAAUCUUCGAAGAAUCACCCGCAUGGUCCUGGUGGUGGUCGCCGUCUUCAUCAUCUGCUGGACCCCGAUCCACGUCUUCGUCAUCAUCUCGGCUCUGAUCAACAUCCCCAGCUCCACCCUGCAGACUGUCACCUGGCACUUCUGCAUCGCCCUGGGCUACACCAACAGCAGUCUGAACCCCGUUCUUUACGGCUACCUGGACGAGAACUUCAAGCGUUGCUUCCGUGAGUUCUGCACCCCGAGCGCUUCGGUGCUGGAGAUGCCGAACUCGUCCAGAACCGGAGCCACCAGCCGCAAGGUCCCCAGGCGUGAGCACAACGGCACAAACACGAGCGAGAGAUCCAAUCAGCAGGUAUGACUAGCCUUGGAGGGGUCGUCGGUGGACUCCCGCUGUUGCGGAGGAGCUGCCAACGACGAUCUCAACUCUGAAGUCACGCAGGUCACCACAGGGCUAUAAUUAGUGCACGGAAACCACACGAGCAAAGCCUCGAAACACAGAAACACGGACGAGCACAAAUCACCUUCGCCGCUCCCCGCUUUCUUUCUUCUGUUCUUCUGCUGGAAGUCGGACCGCAAACCUGCAACUUCGUGCUUUGUGAUUCGAAACAAACGAUUCCAUCUUCAAAGAAGCAAGACAGUUGAAAAAAAUUCAAGCAUAAUUAAAAGAAACUCACUUUUGUGUAGUUUGAGAAGCACUGUAAGCUUUAUAGGUAGAAAUGUUCUCCGGUAACAAGACAAAAGGACUGAUUGAUCCAUAAAACCACUUUUACAGCCUGGUAAUAUGGUUCUUUCUGCCUUAUUAAUCCUAACCUCCGGCCCCUAGCUCUCAGCUUAUCUGUAACGCUUUAUGGUGAGCUAACAAAUCAAUUGUUUGCCUUUUGUUCGCCUCCACAUAUUCUUUUUGAGGAUGGAUUUGGCUGAAGAUUGUCGGAAAGAAAGGGUUUGUGUUUGUCACUGCUGGAAGACUGCGUGGUAUUUUGGCCUUCAAAGAGACUUCACUGAAUGGAAGGUGAAAUUCGAAACGAUUUCCCUCCGCUGAGCUUUUCAGAAUGCCUUUGUGCUGCGGGGCGGCGGGGCCCACCUGAACAGUUAACACCGACCGCUCCGGCUUCAGCCCGUCGCCGUACAGCAGUCAUCCCAUUUCCUCACCUCAGAUUUCACCGCGGUGGACGAAUGAAAACUCGGACCUGAGAAUUACACGCUUUCCUUCUACGGAACUGGAGGGAUUUCUGAAUGUACAUAAAGGGAACCAUUUGUGUUUGCCGCAGUGGAUCAUUGUGCCAAACCGUGCUCCAAACCAGCAAGAGGACGCGUCUGCCUGUUUGUGCAGCCUGCACGGCAUGCCAUUUUAGUGCAAACACGUGUCUCUGCUGGUGUAUGAUUAGCCGCUGUUGAGCAGCUACAGCUUUCAUAUGAAGGAACUUAAAGGCGAGCCAAAGCAGGAGCGUACAGCACAUUGUGUCAUUUCUAUGUAAAUAUGCUUGUGCCGACAUGUCGUGUAUCUACAUGUAAAAAUGCCUUGUUCAGUCGCUCUGCUCGAUAUUCUCUAAACCAUAAUUUCUUUUAUAUAAAGCUCUGUAAAAGAGGAAAAUCGUUCUAGAUGUAAACUAACCUAAGUGUUCAUCUGCUUAAAUAGAUGUGGUGAAUGCAAAGUCAUGAAAAUUGUCGUCACCAAAUGGAGAUUUGUUUUUGUUUUUUUGUUUUUUUUUUAUCAUACAUGUUGGUAACUGCAAAUGUUUUCUAAUCGAUGUUGCAAUGUGACAAACUUUCUGCUUUGAGUAAAAUGUGUUGCUCACGUCACUCUGCGCAGAUAAUUGGUUAACUAUAACUAUUACUUGCACAGCUUUUCAACCAUCUGUAAAAAAGUAAAUUAAUAAAAUGCCAAUUGUAAUUUCUCGCAGAUGGCUGAAAACGUUCAGUACUUUUUUUUAAGGUAGGGAUUAUAAAUUUUGCAAACUAUUGUGCAAUGUGGAGAUGCUUGUCUUGCAAAAAAGCUGAACAACAAAUUGGGACGAGACUUUGUGGUUGAAGCGAAAGGCAGAAAAUUAAAUAUGCGGCAACUUACGAUCUGCCAGGAAAUCUACAUUUUUAUAUAAAUUGAUAUAACUCAUGAAUAUCUAAAUCUCUUUGGAGGAUUAUUAUGCAAAUCAGUGCAAGAAGCUCACCGCUCUGAUAGAUGGCUCUUCAGAGAAAUGUAACCUUGCUGUCAGACAGUUUGAUGCCUCUAAGCCCAAAAGAAUGUUCUUGGUUCAUUUUCAGCAGCUUUCAACGGUGCUGCACUUUUCUUAAACCCAGAGUCUAAAAACCCCGACUGCUCAAUUUGAAUUGACGGCGUUUAAGUUCCUGCUGUGGGUUUCGCUUCUCAUUGGGUUAAAUUAUGGAAGAAGCAACAUCCAACAGGACAGACGUGAGACAAAGAAAGAAAAUAAAAGGCAUUUAUUAAUGCCUUUUAUUUCAGCCUCACGAUGAGAAUGUAAAGACGACAAUAUAAACUGAAGAAAUAAUGAUUGAGAUCUUGUGGAAAGGCAAAAAAAGAGAAAUUCAGACAGUUGUGUUUCUAUGAUUUAAGAGGAUUUUGUUGUUUUUUUUAAAUUUGAAAUAAGAAAUACAACAUUUGAAAGACAUGUGGCGAUCUCCCUGUAGCUGAAAAACAUCAGCUGUUGGCAUGUUGGGUUAAAGCCUGACUCUCCAUCCCACAUAGAUUAUUUUAAUUUUCAUAAAAGGCUUACUUUAUUAUCUUUGUUAGUAGAAGGCAGACAAAACCUCCACUUAGUUUUUCUCCCUAAUUUUAUUUGUUUGCUUUUGGAUCCUGUUUCUUUAUAACUUAAGAAGAAAGUUAAGAGAUAUAUUGGGGACAAAAUUAAGCUUUAAAAGGGGUUUUUCGCCCAUAAAGUCUCCUUGUUUCAAACAAAACGGGUCCUUCAGCAUUUCUUUUCAUGCCAAACUAACUUUCAAAAAGCAUUUCUCAAACAGUAUUUUAAUUCAGUUUUCCUGUUCAUUCCCUCCAACAUGUCAUGCUUUAGAAGAAGACGACAUUUUGUCAAUAUCUACCUUUGUAGUUUGGUGGGUUUUUUUUGGUCUAAAAUAGAAAGACUUUACUCAAUAAAACUGGCAUUUAACAAGUAAAGAACUUAGACUUUAGUUAGACAUCAAAUUGCAUUCAUAACAAAACAUGUCGAUGCUUUAUAUGAGCAGCCAAACGACGACCCUUGAGGCAAAAUAUGCCGCUUCAUGAGGCCAAUAUGUGCUUUUUGAACAAUUAACCAGUGAAAUGUCACGGUUUUUAGGACGUAACUUAGAUGAUUUACUAAAAGACACAAACAAUACUGAAAUAAUAAAGAUGAUUCUCUGUGUUUGACGCUCACAAACACAAAGCUACAGAUUCCCGUUACGGGCCUGCUGCUUUCUGUGAAUAGUCUUAGAAUAUAACGCUGUUCCUAAAUUACUGCUUCUGUAAUCAGAUGCACAGACCUGAAGCUCGAAAGGCAGCAGAAGCCGCGCGGCAGGGAAACAGCAUAACGAUGUUGCAUUUGCAUUUAUUUAUGGCACAAGGACAGACGAUGACUGUUCAUUUCCGAGCCAUUUCAUCUGCGACGCAUCAUGACUUUCGCUGUGUUGUCGUAAAUAACUCGUCCCGUGACUUGUCCCACGCCAUGUGAUCCGGUUUUGAAGCUGCAUGUAAUCUGCUGUCCAGACGCCGGGAGUCUCAUUCAUGGAUGCCAUUCUAAGACGCUUUACUAAUAUUAUUAUGGAAAAGAAGAGCAGCUAUAAAUGUCACUGGAUGUCUUUGUUUCUUGCUCCUGAAUAAAAACGAUCAGCCGCUCUGA